UUUCCAAGUAAAAACAACUCGAAGGCGUGCAAGAAAAAAACUUGAAAUAUUAUCAUUUUUAGAGCUGGAAACUUCUGAUUAUUUGCUUAAUAUGUAAGAAGAAGCAUUUUUAUGGUGGUGAAAUGCAGGUUAGCGGACAUGAUGACUGGAUAGAAGAAAGAUGCUUGGGGGCUGGUGGCUUUGGUACAGUAACAUUAUGGAAACAUAAGUACAAUCACGAGUACUUGGCAAUAAAAAAAUGUCGUCUGGACUUGAGCCCAGCAAACCGUCAAAGAUGGCACCAAGAGGUGGAAAUAUUGAAGAAACUUGAUCACGCAAACAUUGUAAAAGCCAAAGAUGUGCCAGCGAUUCUCGAUGUCAGUGGAGGAGAGAUCCCGCUGCUGGCAAUGGAGUAUUGUGAAGGGGGGGACCUAAGGAGGAUCUUGAAUACUCCUGAAAAUAUCCGRGGGUUAAAGGAGUCGACUGUGAUUGAAGUGACUGCCGAUGUCGUACUGGAGUCUUGGGACAGUGCUGUUUGAGUGCAUUACUGGGAUACGCCCAUUCCCAGACCUUUCUCCUGUGAAUUGGCAUAGAGAAAUUGGUCAAAAGUCACCAAGACAUAUUCACGCUUUUUACAAUGCAUCUGAUGAAAUAACCUUUUCUGAAGUUUUCCCAGAACUCAACACUCUUUCCAGAUGCUUUCAAGAGAAAUACGUAAAUCUUCUGCGAUUGCUGUUGUUAUGGGAUCCUGUUAAAAGRGGUGGCCAAGUGCAUGAAGAUGGCUCUCGGCAAUGCUAUAAAUUAUUACAUMAAAUAUUGGAUUCAAAGGUGGUUCAUAUAUUUUGUGCGUUCACCAGUACUUUACUAACAUUUGAAGUUACACAGACGGACAGAAGAGAAGAUAUAAAUGCUAGGAUUUAUGAAGAAACUGGAAUCGCUUUGGAUGACCAGGUCAUUGUUUCUCCUGCUGGACAGGAAAUUGGUGCUGAUUCACCCAUGUUGGAAUAUAUUCAUAAAAAUAACGGAACACCGUCGACGCUAUAUUUAUUUUCCAAGAGCAAUAUACCAGCUUCACCACGUCCUCUCUUCACCCUUCCUUCUACAUUACAAUCAGUUGUUACAGAAUCGAAAACUCUCCUACCUUAUCUUGAGCAAAAGAGAAUUCAUGCCGAGGCACUCAGUUUUUGUUACAAGCAAAUGAAAAACUACAAAUAUCUGAUUCAGGCGCAUCURACAUUACUAAAAUAUACUUUGAAACUACACUCCAGAUUAUCACAGCUUAGGACAAACUUGACUUCUGAUUGUAUACGUCUUGAGGAACGAAUUACGUUUUGCAGAGAGAGCCUUCACACUGAUAUUGAACACUUCUCUGACGUCGCAGUAGACUUGCAUGCAAAUGAUAUGAUCCUCCGUUCAUGGAGGGAAGGCGAAAGAAAUUGGAUUCAUUUCGACAAGUCUGGUGUCAUGGAGGCGGAAAAGCUUGCUAUCUCAGCCCAAACCCAAGUCCUUGAAUUACAGAAAAUUCCGUUUAAUCAAUCACAACCCGUGUCUAAUCCAAUGGAAGAAAUAUAUAACUCUGCAGUUAUUGUUUAUGAAGGCUUUAAAAGAGCAAAUUUAACAAGCUACGACCAGAAGAUGGCAGACUGCAGUAAAAUAGCUGAAGUUGUUUUGAAAUGYUUAACAAAGAGAGAAAAGUUAAACAAGGAAAUGUUCACUCAUUUAAGACGAAUUCUUCAAUGUUCAACAGAACUACAAAAUGUCGUACCUAAAGUUAUUGAGAAAACUCGGCAAAUUUCUCAUCACAAGGACCACAUACUGCAGAUCCAGAAACAAAGACAAGAAGACGUUUGGUGUCUYAUAUCCAAUAAGCAAGACAGUGUUGACUCAGGAGUUAAUUAUCCCACGUUAGAUUUAACAUUAUCAAGUUACAAAAUGGACUCUUCAGAACUCACGAAACAGAGUUUGCAAAAUAUCGAAAGAUUGUCUGAGGUCGUUCAGUCCGUGAAAGUGGAGUACGGUAACGUAGCGCCAGAGAGUUUAGAUUGGAGUUUCCUAGAAGAGGACACUGAAGUCUGAAGAAGAUGAUAUAUCUAUUAGAUCCUCGUUUUCCGUCAAGAAUCACAUAUGAAUCUUUUAACACGAAACCAAAUAGGAAUAUGCGACCUAAAAUAUGUGUAGAAUAUAUGUAUGGAUUUUACAGUAGGUUUUAUUUUAUUCUAGAAGUGUAUAAAAUAGAUUACUUGCAAAUUUUCGUGGAAAUACGGUGGAAAUAAAAAUUCUAAUUUAUAUUCGGGUUGCCUGUGUAAUAGGUACCGCUGUACAUAAUUAUUGCUUUUCAUAGUAAAAGUUAUGCAAUCAAAA